GGUGACGUUUAUAUUUCAACCCAUUCCUCAACUAGCUGCCCGUGGACUUUUCGCCUCUUAGAUGUACCACCGAGUACUACGGCGUACAUGAGGGCCAUUGCGGCCUGUGUUAUGGUUGACUGACUUCGGUUGUCACACGAACUGCUAGCCUUCGAAUAUAUAUUGAGAUUCUAAUCGUGACGGGACUUUUUUUUUUUUUUUUUUUUCUUCUCUCAAUAUUUACCCCACUGCUGAGACAAGGCUGUAAAGAUACUAUUUUUUUUUUUUUGCUACAAUGAGUACGAGCAUUCAACACAUCGUGCACCCCCGGGGUGACGAUAAGUCCUUCCUUUCUAGUGGAGGCAAGAGUGGAAUGGCAAUCAGCAUUGCAUUCACCAGCUUAGCGACCAUUUUCGUUUUUGCCCGAGUUUACACGCGUGCCGGCAUAAUGAAGCGCAUGGAGUCGAACGAUUACAUGGUCAUGAUCGCUCUGGCAUUCUCCUAUGUCUUCAUGGCCUUUUAUAUCAUAGAAGCAUUGAACGGAAUGGGUAUGCAUGGCGCUGAUAUCCCACCCCCCAUUCUCCUUAAGCAGAUGAAAGCGUUCUGGAUUACCAUCCCAUUCUACAAUGCCGCCCUUCUAUGCGCCAAAGCUUCGAUACUUCUGCAGUACUUCCGCGUCUUCCCUACUAGACGCAUGCGUCUCAUCACCUGGGUCAUGUUAGGUAUACUCGGCAUCUACGGGUCCUGGGCAGUUCUGAGUGGCUUUCUCAAUUGUAUCCCUGUGGCAAAAUUCUGGGACAAGACACUUGAAGGGUACUGCUUGGAUGAAAAAGGGCUGUGGUUCUCAAAUGCCUCGAUGCAUAUCACCACCGAUCUUGUUAUUCUUAUCAUUCCUAUCCCGGCCCUGUCGAAACUAGAUCUUCCCAAGAGACAGAAGAUCGCGUUGAUCACGGUUUUUGCACUAGGCGGAUUUGUAUGCAUCACCAGCAUCUGUCGUUUGGUCGCCCUCAAAAAGAUCUCCGAUUCGACAGAUCCAACCUUUGACAACGUCGGCGCCGCCUCUUGGUCCGCCAUCGAAUGCAACGUAGGGAUUAUCUGCGCCUGCCUCCCCACACUUCGACCUCUUGUAUCCCGCAUCGUGCCCCAUCUCCUAUCGACCCUAAGCAGCCGUAACCGAAGCUACGGCAACAGACGAUUCUCGCACGGACGACCCCCGACAUACUGGGGCGGUGGUGCAGGAAUAGGAACAGUUUCAACCACCAUCACUGCGAUGGAUGAUCUCGAAUUUGGAAGCCACUGUGCCGAUUCAGAUAGGGUUCUGACACUUGUCCCUGAGGCGGACAUUCACGGCAAGGAGAAGCUCGUGUUGAAGGAAACGAAGUGUAUGGAAGAUGCUGCUGAAAGGGUGCGGGCCACAGCAGGGUCAUCCAUUUCACCCUGAUGGGGCUUCUGUGAGGAGUGAGACUUCUUAACGCGAGAAAGAGGCAUUCAAUAGAGAUAUCCCAUGCGUUCGUGCCUUUUUCUCUCUUUUCUUUUCUUCUCUUUUACGAUUUUUAUCUUCUUGUCGCAGGCGCUUUGAUAUCUCUUGCUCUUCUUUAUGCUCUAUCGAGUCUAUACUUAGCCUUGUGUUGCUUUA